AUGACGCCUGACAAACAAAGGGGCUCCUCAAAUCUUGGGAAACGCGUGAUUUUUCAGCAAAUCAAGACCGACCUCGCCGACUCUCCUCACAGCAACGACUACAAUCCGCAAAUACAGACAAAUUUGGAUAUCACCGCUGAUUCGAAGCCCGCCUUGGCGACGUUGUCCCCACUGAAGUCGAGCCUAUCUACAAAUCCGUCUCCUAACAACAACACCAGCCAGGCCGACAAUUCUUGGAGCAGCACGAGCAGCGAGAAUACGGCGCUUCACACAACUGCUACCUCGCAGACAACCCUUCCGGUGUCGCUGUCGGGUACUACAGCGACGAUUAAUAGCUACUAUCCGUUUUAUCCGUCAAGCUACUAUCCGCAGGUAUUCGACCCAACCUACCAAUACUAUGCUAAUCAAUACCCCGCCACAUCCUAUGGUACGACGACCAAUUACUCUGGAUUCUUCACCGGAUCCACUCAA